AUGGCUUCUGAUCCCUUCAGCAGCUCCUCCUCCUUCAYCCUGGUGGGUGUCCCUGGCCUGGGCUUCCCCACCUGCCUGGGCAUUCUUUUCUGCUCUGCUUAUGUCCUUGCCAUGGUAUGGAAUGGGGCGGUUUUGCUGGUCCUUGGCCUGUACAAGUCCCUGCAGGCCCCCACCCAUCGCCUCCUGGCCAUGCUGGCGGCCAUCAAUGUGGCCAUGGUGACGUCCAUCGUCCCCGAGAUGCUGAGCAUGUUCUGGCUGAACUCUGCUGACGUUGGCUCCAUGGUCUGUUUCGUGCAGAUGUUUCUCGUUCAGUCCACAACAGCUGAGGAGUYGGGAGUGCUCCUGGCCAUGGCUGCUGAGCACUAUGUGGCCAUCUGCCACCUCAGUUACCACGCCACCCUGAGUGACCAGACCAUUGCCCAGACYGGCCUGGCCAUCGUGCUGAGAGCCCUCCUGUCCAUGGUGCCCCUGACAGGGCUAGUGAUGUCUCUGCCCUGCUGCGGCUCCGUGGUCCCGCACUCGUGCUGCGAGCCCAUGGGCCUGGCCUGCACUGAGCCCGGGGCCAGCAGCCUCUACAGCGUGGCCAGCUCCUCGCUGACAGUGGGGACGGAUGUGGCUUUGAUCGCUGUGUCCUUGGGGAUGGUUCUGAGUGCUGUCCUGGGGAGGCAGUGCUGCUGGAAGGCCCUGAACUGCGGGUUCCACCUGUGCAUGGUGCUGCUGUUCCACAUCCCUGGCACUGUGUCCAGGGACUGUCAGCGCUUCACUGGGGCCAUGCCCGCCACACGGGUCCUGCUGGCCGGUCUGUGCCUGACCCUGCCCACCACGCUCAGCCCCGUCGUGUACAGCGUGAUACGGAGCAGCAAGGACCCACCUUUGAGUCUGGACAUGUUCUCAGUGCCAGGAACAUCCCUGUGA